CACGUCAGCGGCGUGGUUCUUGGCUCCGGUACAAGUCGCUCUCGAAAACAAUUCACCAACAUCGCAGAAUCGUUCAUCAAUAUAAGAGCUAAGUUUACCACAGCAGAGAGUCAAAACUCUUGUAAAAGGUCGCAUUUAUCCCCACUUCAAAUCGCUCUGCUGGCUCAAGGAUAUUAAGCCAGAGUUGUCGACGUGACUAAGCGCUGUUAUCAUAUUUGAAGGACCUGCUUAGUGUUAUACAAAGAUUGAUACAAGCGAAGAGUGCGAAGCCAUUUGCAGGUGACCCAAUCAGUCGGAGUGCGCUAGAGAGCGUGCCUUUCUGCAAUUCAUGAAUAAUUUGGAGCCAAGUGAGUUAUGUGAGACUGGAAAUGCGACGAACAACAGUUCUUCUUGCAAUUGGAAUUCUAAGUUUCAUUUUGGCCGCUUCAGCUAGAAAAGGGAACCGUAAUGAAAUUGCUGAAGGAACAAGACGAAACAAAGAUAAAACCUCACCAACGGCUUGCCGACGAACUACCCUGUGCUGCAAACUUGGACGAAAGGCUGUGCGACUUGACUACACGUCGUCAGUUUACACAUGCAACAUCGAGGCUCUGGUACAAGGUCUGAAACACCACAAGUCUGCAAGUCAUCGACUUCGCAAGACGCACAAUGUCCAGGCGGACAGAAUGGAUGCUGCUAACUCGCUUCGCAUGUCACAUGGAUUUCGCUGGCGUUUGAACCUCUGCGAAUCUCAAGGACCAGUACAAAGGCGAUGCUUUCAAGAUUGCUGCGAGCUUAGACUUCGAGAAAAGCAAGCCAAAGCAAAAGCAGCCACACAAACACAAAUGCAAAGCGCUUCUGCAGAGUUGGAGACACACACGGAACAAACCUAGUCUUUUUAACAAAGUCUUCCGAAGUAACACGUAAUCGUUUACAUUCUGAAGAGAGAAACAGGACAGAAUGAACGGAUAAUUACCUAAAUGGUUUUGAAUUUGAUCCAUUUAUACCGUGUCCGUGUUUUGAUGCCAUUGGUAAAGUUGUUUACAAUUUAUUUUAUUUCUAAGAUAAAAGGCAGUCGAGACAAAUUUAUAAUAUUCGUGGAAUUCUUAAUUGCCAUUUAAGUUCCCAUUGCCGAUUUACGUCUUUUCUGUUGAAGAAUGUGAAGUAUUUGGAUUCUCUAGGAACGUGGUUGACAUUUGCGUUAAAUAAUAACGAAAUGACAUGUAUAUUUUCAUCCAACUCUUUUAUUUUGUAAAGCAAAAUGUUCGUUGUCAUUAUGUAUCUCACUAGGGUAAAACAAUUUAUCUGUAGAAUUGUAACAAAGAUCGUUAGGAACUCAAAUCGACUUGAAAAGGGUUUUAAGCCCUUAGGCAUUUAAGAUCUCCUCAAUGGGUGGAAAAAGCGUAAUUUCUUGUCCCGAUCUGAAUUCUAGUGUUUACUAAAUAUAUGAAUAAUCUAAUUUAAGACUGUCUGGUUUUAUGGGGUUAAUGACGGCAAAGAGACUAUUAAUAUGUCGGCUGUGUUGUUUAGUAUAUCUGAGCUGUCAGCAUUACACGUUUUGAUGAUGUGCUAAGUCAGCCGCGUGAGUAAUGUAUAGCAAAGUGGAGUUAAGUGGUAGGAGGAGCCGAGCUACUGACAAAUGUUGGUAGAGCAUCCAUUAGCAUUGUUAUCACGCGAUCAAGGAACUGUUAUUGACGCGCUGCAAUCGUCCAAAUAUCCAUCUGCAAAGCCACAGGAUUGCUUGGCCUCUCGAAACUUUAGUUUGUCAAUCAGAAAGACAGACGAGAAUAAAAAGGAUCGGAGGGAAAUUGUUAAGGCGUCAUUUGUGAGUAGUUACACGAACCAAGACACGUUUAGCGUCAAGAACAAGUCAUGUUAAGCGUAUGUAGUAAAACAGAGAGAUUUUCCCUGGAAACUACAUGCACUGCUCAAGCGCUGUUUCCAGAGAGCAAGGCAAUCUUAAGCAACUUAAGAGUAGUUCAGUGGUAUUAGCGGGUGUAAACUAGCAAUACAAUGAGUAAACUGAAUACUAGUCACAGAGAUAACAGAUAUACGAUCAAAUAUAAUACAGAUGAAUGAUU